AACGUCGAGGUCAGGAAUAUGGAUGGGUAUAGGCCACUCAUGCAUGCUGCUAUGAAUGGGCAUGAGGCCAUAGCAAGGCUCCUGGUCGACGAAGGCGCCAACAUCGAGGCCACGUGCAAAAAGGGCGAGACGCCACUCUUUCAGGCUGCUGCCGACGGACAUGAGGCCGUAGUAAAGCUACUGACGAGCAGAGGUGCCAAAAUUAACAAAAGAAACGACGACUACGAGACGCCGCUUUUCAAAGCUGCAGAGAACGGGCACACAGCGAUAGUGAGGCACCUAUCUAGGAAAGGCGCAAACAUUGAGGCCAAGAGCAAGGCCUCCUGCACCCCUCUUCUGAUAGCUGCAUUAAUGAGGAACGAGACUACAGUAAGAUUUCUGAUCAGUCUAGGCGCCAACGUUGAAGCACGGGACAAGGAUGGGAACACAGCCCUGGGGAAAGCCGCGUUUCUAGGGCACGAGUCCGUAGCAAAGCUGCUGUUAGUGAAAGGCGCCGAGCUCGAAGCAAAAGACUUCAAUGGCUCAACGCCGCUC